CAUGAUCUCACACCAUAAAGACUUGUGUUAACGCGCAGCCUCUUUCUGUAUUAAAUUGUUCCUGUGUGCGCCUGGUCGUCAGCUCUGCGACUGGAGACAAACACUGGUUAACAGGUCUGCGACCGAGGAGCGUCCACUUCUUUUGCAUAAUCAUCUCCGGCGUGGACUCUGUGUUCUCUGGACAGGUGGAGCCCCGCAGUGCUCACAUUCAAUCUGAGAAUUUCAUCUUUUAGGUAUUAUUUGCAGGGCUUUUUUUCUGUGUUUUGGCGCCGUGCGUGCGUGAUCUCGGUUUGUUCCACAAAAAGCAGCCCGGCUGUGCUCAUCUGGCAGCAGGUGGUGUAUGACAUGUGGACCGGGGAAGUCACAAGCUUCUCCCCGUGAUUGUCAGCACUCGCUCCGGACAUUAGAGGUGACAGAAAGUGACUGUCAGUGAUGCUCGGCCAGUCUCCUCACCUUAUCGGGGGUAUCUUGUGGAUCCAGAAUCCAAUGAGAGCUGUUCAUUGCAACUUGAGCCAGAAUGGCAUCGACCACCAGAUGUGCCCGGAGGACAUGACGUCACAGCUGGAGGAAGAGGAGGAGUCGGUGGACGCUGGAGCUGUGCUGCUGGACGACGACAGCCCGGGCUACCAGGACGUCAGCCCCCCUAUGUACCAGCGCCGCUCACCGCCACACCGAUCUGUGUCCGAGUCUGAGCUGUCACGGCCAGGAUAUGUGAAGCUGUCCAAGCCAGUGGCCCUGUGGACCCAGCAGGACGUGUGCAAAUGGCUGAAGAAACACUGUCCCAAUCAGCACCAGAUCUACAGCGACUCCUUCAAACAGCACGACAUCACAGGGCGGGCUCUGAUGAGAUUGACGGACAGAAAGCUGGAGAGAAUGGGUAUCAUGCAGGAGGCCCAGAGGCAGCACAUCCUGCAGCAGGUCCUGCAGCUCCGCGUCCGGGAGGAAGUCAGGACUCUUCAACUUCUCACACAAGCCUCUCUGGAGUGCACUCCAUCUUCACCAUAGCCUGACGGAGGAGGGCGACCCAGUCACAAAAGGACGCAGAUGCCCACCGCCUUGCCAAAAUCCACCCAAUAUGUGAUCCCCGGACUUCUUCGUGGAACAAUCCGAGCUCUCCGUCUUACACCUGUGGUCUCUGUUGGAUCUGGAAAAAACUCAUGCCUUCUUCCCAGCCACUCCUGAGAAGCUCCCACGAGUUCUGACUUGCUGUUUCCUCGCAGUACAAACAAUUCCUCAAAGCUUCCUGGAAUCUGACCAACAGUUUCCAUUACAGGCGUCCCAUCUCCAGUCAUUUCUGACCUUUGCAGCCAAACCUCCACUAGACCUCUCACGCUAUAACUCCUACACUCCUCUCAGAACCACUUCACUCCCUCUCCCUCAAGAUCCAAACCGACAGACAAGCCCUUCCAACAAUUAAUAAUCUACCCAGAAUCCAACACUAGCCUUGGCUCGGUUUUCUUAAAAGCAUUUAAACACAAAGAUCAUCUCUGAACCGUUGCCUUGUGAUUGGACAAAAAUAUAUGUGUAAAAAGUGACAUGUAUAAUCCACUUCUUCAUUCAAACACUGUCCUGUGGACUGUUUGUGGCAUGUGAGCUCCUUCAUGGUCGCGCCUUACAUUACUCUUGUAGUAUGUUGAUGAGUCUGGCUCUGGUCCUGCUUAGAACUUUUAGGCUAUAUCCACACUAAUAUGUGCCGCACAAGUAGAGAAACAAUCUCCAUUCAUAUUAACAAGUCUUAAAACAUGUAAGGCAUAACUAUUUAUGUACACUGGGAAAGCACCCAGUUAACCAGAAGCAGAUUUUCUAACUCUGCAGUUGAAAAUACAAUAAAUACAGGAAGGUAUUUCGAGGAAGAACAGCAAUGGCAACAAGUAGGAUCAUAGAUUUGUUUGCUUGUAAGUAUACAGGCGAAGGCAUUAAAGGCAGUGAAAAAUAUAGGUUGGGAAUCAUUUUAAAGCAGUACUAGAUGGCCCAGUUGCCAGUCAAAUUUUAUUGGCAAAUUUAUUCUGCAAACCACAAAUACAUUGAUCUGAAACAGUUUUUUUUGUCCGGUGGCAGAGCAAAAUGAUGUUAAAAGCCACAAGGUGACAUAGAUCAGACCAACAAAGCCACAACUUUAAACCAAGACACCGAUUUUUGCAUCCCAUUGUUGGAAGUUACUUUUUACCCAACCUUAACCAAGUGGUUUUGGCACCUUACCUGAACCAAAGUGCUUUUAAAGUGCUUUUAAAGUGUUUAAAAUAGCAACCUUCAUGUCUGGAAAACUGCGAUCAUCACAAGUUCACAAAGUUUUGUAGUUAUCAGUGUGUUUAUAGUAGCAGUUGUAACAUGACGCAAUGAGUUGGAGCAGUUCAAAAAUGUUUAUAUUCAACAUAUUUGUGGUUUGGUUUGAAGAAACUUAAAAUGUCAACAUUUCUUCUAAUGACUGGGUUGUAAAAAUGACAAUGAAAUCACAAAAUGUAUGCAGGCCUAGUUAACUGAUAACACUGACUGAGAGUUACUGUUACCUAUUCAGGAACUAACUGUCUCUAUUUUAAGAUUAAGGUUCCCUUAUUAGUCCCACAAGGGAGAAAUUCAGACUCUGCAUUUAACCCAUCCUUUUUACACACCAGUGAACACACCAUGCUUAGAAGCUGUGGGCAGCACAUUACUGCACCCGGGGAGUUGUGUGUGGGGGUGAGGUGCCUUGCUCAAGGGUACUUCAGUCAGUCUUUGACCUGUCAGUCCUGAGAUUCAAACCGGCAACCCUCUUGUUACGAGCCUGAUUCCUAACCUCUCGUCAUAUUUGGUUUGCAGAAACAUACAAUGCCAACAUUUCUCCCAGUGACUGGGUUUUACUAGGACCAUUAAUCCAUUGCAGAAGAAAGCCCUGGAAGUGGGAAUGGAAUAACCUCAAAAUAAAUGAUAAAAGAUGAUGAAAUCACAAGAUGUAUGCAGGCCUAGUUAACUGAUAACAAUGACUGAGAGUCACUGACCCUUUCAGGACCUAACCACUGUUUUCAAAAGUCUCUAUUUUAAGAUUAAGAUUCCCUAGUCCCACAAUGGGGAAAUUCAAACCCAUCCUUACACACCAGUGAACACACCAUGCUUAGGAGCAAUGGGCCAGUGAGCUGUGUGUUGGAGGGGGGUUAGCCUUGCUCAAGUGCACUUCAGUCCUGGGAUUCAAACUGGCGACCCUCCGGUUACAAGCCUGAUUCCUAACCUCCAGUCAUAUUUGGUUUGCAGAAACGCACAUUGCCAAUAUUUCCUCUGGUUACUGGGUUUACUGGGAGGCUAAUCCAAUGCAGAAGGAAGCACUGGAAGUGUGAAAGGAAUCACCACAAAAUAUAUGAUAAAAAAUGAUGAAAUCUGACUGAGAGUUACUGUUAUAAGAAACAUUCAGGAGCUAAUCAUUGUUUUCAAAAGUGUCCAUUUUAAGGCUCUGGAGAUGCUGAAGUAGUGUGGACAUUACGUGUUAAUGUAGCAAAAUGAAUGCAUUUUAAAAAGAAAUCGUAUUAGUGUGGAUGUACCCUUAGUGGCAACAUAAUGACCAUCCACAGGACCGCUACUACACACCUCUUCUUCCCUUAUUCUUCCUCCUUAUCUGCUCACAGACUAUUCCCACAACGGCAAAGGGGUGAUACAUUUAACAUAACCAAGCGUGUGUUUUUGUGCUCUCAUUCUGUGCAUAGAUCCCAUAAACGGUCUGGUGAAGUAUCCAUAUCUCUCCUCACUCUUUGCCCUCUUCCAUAUUGUGGAUCACUCUCUUAGGGUAGACAGUAAGCCUGAGAGAACUUCACUGUGAAAACAACCAACAGUUAGCCGGGGAAUAAACACUGAACCUGGCAUCACAUUAGGUACGGUUAAGUUGGCUCCCCCGAAAUGAACGACAUCGUUGUGAAAAGCAAUCCGAAGGAGAUGAAGCAGAACCUGGGGAGGGGGAAAAAAGGGAUGAACUGCGAGAAGGAAAUUCCCUCGGUGUCCCUAAAAGCUCUGUGCUAGUAGGUAAACUGGGAAAAAAAGGGAAAGGGAGUGGCUGAGAGGAAGAGAAAAAAAGGAGCAGCACAGCAAAAGGGCUUCGUGAACUAAGAGAUGCUUCGACUUGAAACUCUUUACCGCUAAUGAGGAGAGAAAAAGAAGAAAAGACAUCACAGAUAACGAAAAAAGAGGCUUUUUCAUAUCCUUCCCUCUGUAUCGCCGACUCUUUUAUUGCUUUGUCUGCUUUCCAUCUCGCAGCUUGAAACUAUUUUUAGAUGAGAUGUAUUGAAAAUAGUGUAGAAAGGAGACGUGCUGUGCGCAAAGCUCAUCAUGGAAAUGUUGUCUGUCAGUCUAUUAGGAAGAUGCACUGUACUCUAUUUAUCUCUGAUGAGAAAACUUUAAAAAAUCUCUGCUGUCAAUGUGAAUAAUGGCCACUCACUGUUGAUAUUCUAGGUAUUUUAACUGCACUUAAAAGCACACGUGUCUGUCAUAAAAACAAAAACAGCCAUCUUCCUCACUAUGUCUAUGAGUGUAAAUACAUUAUAAAAUCCUGUAGCCAUUAUAAUGACCUCUCGGUAUCAGAUGCUGAUUUUCAGUGGAGUGAUAUUUAUCAAAAGCUUGUAUCCACGCCGGUGUAGCAUGAGCUGUUGUCAUGGUAACAACAUCUUUUCCUUCCUGGAUGGGUGCUGUCAAUCAGAGGAGCAUAAAAUAGCCACCGCGGUCGGAGCACAGGGAGAAAAAAAAGGGGGUCAGCGUCGGCCCCCGAGAGCCAUUGAGUUUUAAUGGGAUUCCAUUUGUACACGGGUCCUCUGUGUCCAGCCAUUCAUUGUUUGGAUAGCAGCUGUAGCCUAAUGCGGCAGAGACCCGUGAGCAGAUUGAAUAGUAUUGAUCAGUUCUUCAGGACAUACAGUCGGUCCUCCAGGACUACAAAAGCCUCCAGGAAUGUGUGUGUGUGUCUGUGUCUGUGUGUGUUUGUGCGAGCUGACAGUCACAUAGGAAUGGAGUUGUUCGGGCUAAAACACAAGUGGCUAUUUCACGGUCGGGUGGAGAUGGCGUGUCCGUGUCUGUCAAGGCCGCGGGAGGAAAGGGGAGGGCUGACGCUUCCGUUAAGUUUGGAAUUUCACCAUGUUUUCGAUUUCAGAUUAGAAAAAAUGUCGAUAUGGACACUGGGAGAAAUGGUUUGAAGUGGUGAAACACCGGGGAGUGUGACAUCUGGAUUAAUUUAUGCAUACAAGCCUUGCCGGGACUAUCUGACGCUGUGAUAUAACUAUCUUAAUGACUUGAUAUUGAUUGUGGUGAUAUUGUACAAAAAAUCGAUAUAAACUACUAAUGGGAUUAAAGGAAGAGUUCGGCCUUUGGGGAAAUAAACAAAAGAUUGACUACACUCAUGUCAGUCACUGUAAAUGAAGCUACUGCCAGCAGUGCAUUAGCUUAACGUAACUGUAUCCCAAAUCGGACACUGUUCGACUAAGAUUCUAUCAAAAUUUAACAUUAACUACUAAUAUAAAUUAUCAUGCUUGGCUUCCAGUUAAUUAAACGGUGUGAAACUAAAUUCUAACUUCUUAUGUUUCGAACCGUAUAUUGUUUUAACCGUGUACGUUAGGCUCGGUUUUACCAGAGUCGGCAAAAGGACGCUAACGCAGGUGAAUUAGCCGUGAGCUAACUCUAUCCCAAAUCCGACACUUGCAUUGCAUCUCCUCGCUGUAAAACAAUGGGGGCUGCUGAGUUUUUCGGGGGAAAAUUGGAUGAUUCUCGGUAAACCAAAUAAAUAUCACUGUUAUCAAUCAUCGUUAUCAACACACCCGUACCGUACUUCUGUCCUUCACAAUAAAAUAGGGUACAGUAAAAAUACAGAUGUAGUUUUAAGAUCGUUGCCUGAGUGUUGCCCAAGCGUUCUUACUGCUUUCUCUCAUCAGAUUUACUUUGGAUUUACCAUGUACAUAAAUUAAAUUUCACAUGUAGAUUGUUAAUUAUGUAUAAAUCAAUUAUACUUACAUUGGUGAUGGUGAUCUUAUUCGAAAUGACCGUGAAAACACCGGAAAUUGCAGCAUUGCAGAUGUGUCC